AUGGAGGCGACUGCGCAGCGGACCCGCUCCAGCCUUCAGGAAUCUGGGAAACUGAUUCAUUUCAAAUCUGGGGGAAAUGCUCUGGAGAAGCGGAGCUGGUCUGGGAUUCUGGUUAUCCUAUACUCCCCCGGAUUUCCCCAUGUUUCUCCAGGGCAAGGCCCCGCCGUGGGGUCGCCUUCGCGAACCGGAUCGGAGGAAAGGAGCGGUCCUCGUGUCUGCAGAACAGAUUUUAGGCCUCUGAGUCGGAGCCGCUCUGCUUGCCCAUCAUGCGAAUCUUGUAUGCAAAGUUGGCAUCAUCUGGCUGCUUCGCGGCAACACAGACCGCGCACUUUGCUUUCUCCCAGUCUCUACUAUGAUGAUUAUUUAGGUUCACCGCCAUCCUGUAGUCCCAAGUCAUCCCUCACAGAAGAGCAUAUAUCUAAGCUCACCUUUCCUUCUCCUCUUCAUGGCUACAAGAGCGAUAUAUCUAAGCAAAGAGCUCCUUAUACUUCGCGUACCACUAUAAUAAAGCUAUUGACUAUGACCCUGCCAAUUCCACCAAACAUAAUGUUUUCCUUCACUUCUCUAAGAGGCCGUGGCUUGACCAUUGGUAUCACCGCAUGCUGUGGGGUGUCAUUCAUGCUAUUUGGCUACGAUCAAGGUGUCUUCGGGGGCAUUCUCUCAAAUCCCACGUUUCAGAAACAGUUCGAUCAUCCCAACACCACAAUGCAGGGGCAGAUUGUGUCAACAUACGUUCUUGGAUGCGUGGCGGGGGCUUUUCUGUCAAUGUACACUGGAGAUCGACUCGGAAGACGGCGAUCAGUCUUACUAGCCAGCGCUUUUCUCACAAUCGGCGGCAUCCUCCAAUCCAUGGCUUUUACUCUCCCCCAUUUGAUUGUGGGCCGCAUUGUCGCUGGCCUUGGAGUUGGCAUGAACACCACGACAGUGCCUAUGUGGCAGAGUGAGACAUGCAAACAGGAAGAUCGAGGGAAGCUGAUCACCAUCCAGCUCACACAUCUCGUGUUCGGCUUUGUGCUUGCUAACUGGAUUAAUUUUGGCUUCACAUAUUCCCCUUACCAGCAAAUCAGCUGGCGCUUUCCACUCGCAUUUCAGUCUUUUCUUGCAAUCUUAGCGGCAUCAAUGGUACCUUUCCUGGUGGAGUCACCCCGCUGGCUUUGUGUAAGGAGUCGUUCUCCUGCCGCAAAAGAGGUCAUCGCACGGGUUCUGGACAAACGUCUCGAGGAUGAUGAGGUACUUACCUCGCUCCAGUCAAUUGAGACUACAGUUGCCCACGAGAUGGAGUCGCAGAAACCUGGAUGGCGAACGAUCUUCUCCAACGGGCCGCAACAAACCUUCCGUCGAAUUGCUCUUGGAGUUGGAGUCAACUUCAUGCAGCAAUUUGGUGGCGUGAACGUUGUUGCUUACUAUCUGCCCAUCAUUAUGAAGCGCUCGUUCGGUUUCAGUGACCGCAUGUCUCUGAUCCUGUCUGCUGUGGAUUCCAUGCAAUGGAUGUUUUGGACUGGUCUCGGAACUUUACUGAUUGACAGGCUCGGCCGUCGCAAGCUGUUGAUCGUCGGCGCUGCGGGCCAAAGCCUGUGUUUUGCUAUGACCGCUCUUGGUCUUGGUAUUGGCACUAAACCUCUGGAGGGUCUGGCUGUGGCAUUCAUCUUUGUUUACUAUGCUUUCUUUGGGCUAUCCUUUUUGGCUAUACCCUUCAUGUACCCGUCGGAACUCAACUCCAGCAUUCACCGGAACUUCGCGUGCUCGGCUGCUAUGGUCAUGGAAUGGCUAGGUGUUUAUGUCAUUGUGGCGAUCACGCCAGUUGGCAUUGAGAGCAUCGCCUGGAAAUUCUACUUGGUAUUCGCGAUCGCAAAUUUUGUUUUCACCAUCGUUUGCUGGUUUUUCGUUGUGGAAACCUCAGGACUCUCCUUGGAGGAGAUUGACAAAAUGUUCGAGAUUAAGUACUAUGGCGGCAAAUCUAUGACAUACCUAGAGGCUGCCAAAAAAGCGAAAGGGAAUCCUCUGUGCCACGAAAUUUGUGAAGACGGAGAAAGCAAAGACAAGCAGAGGAGUUUCUAA